UUUUUGCGCAGUUUUUGUGAAACACAACAAACGAGCGGAUCACAAUAAAAUAGAAUUAAAAUGCUCUGGAAGCUUCAGUUUAUAUUCCUAUCUUUAGUAAUACAAUUAGCAAAAUCUGAAAAUAAUGCGGCGUCGGUUGCGGAACCGGAAGAGCAAACUGAAUCGGAAAUCGAAACGGGCCAGUUUUUCAGUCACCUUUAUAAGAAAAACCUACGCCAUAUGGUGAAAAUAAAGAAUGACUCGUUGGAUCCGUGUGAUGAUUUUUAUACCCAUGCCUGUGGCAAUUUCAACCAAGCGACGGAUGACGAUCCAGAUGAGUCACUGCCUCCGUUUUUGUACAAUAAACAGGAUAGGAUGACCUUUUUUCAGGCUCAGGUGGGAAAUUUCCUUACCAUACCAGGUCGAUUGGUCUCCCAACUUUAUCAGGAAUGCCGGCAAAGAGGAGAGAGUCAUGUGUUUAGUGUCCAGUCGGAACGGUCUCAUUGGGAGCGAUUGCUGACGGAGAUUCCCUUUCUCUCCGGGCACCAGGAUGUACUCUCCGCAUGGCCCUUUCUCCAACACCAAUGGGAGAGAAGGCGUCUGAACGGGAAGCUCAAUUGGAUUGCCCUCUCGGCUCAACUGGCAGCGCAUGGGUUUCCUACACUCCUCAAUAUUUACUUUGCUUUGGACACCAUUUAUGUGACUCCCAUUGAGGAUCUGCCUUGUCCGAGUCUGCAGGAGUUUCAAGACAGUCUGGCGGACACUCUGACUGGACGCCAUCAUCAGGUUUCUCAUAUUGUUUCCCACGAAAUGAGGGUUCUGUGUCGUGGAAUGAGGGGCGAACUGCCAUUGGUGAGAAGCCUUACCAGGAACGGCAGAACCACUACCCCCCCACCUGGACAGGAGCAACUUAUCCUGGAUGAAAAUACUCUGGAGUACUUUCAGCAUUUUUUUGCUGCCCUACAGUUUUCGAAGGAUCAACUGGAAAUGGCCAGGAAAUUGCCCCUUAAUGUGGACAAAAUCUCACAGGCCUGGGAGGUUCUGCGGCAAACCGAACCUAGGAUAGUUUACAAUUAUGUGAUGUGGCAAGCCUUGGAGCACUUACGCUAUCCGGACUGCUACAAGCUGACCGAGGAAUUCGAAAGACUGAUUCACGCAGAGUAUUGGCAAUGGUAUGUUUUCAAGCCUCAUCUUGCAAGGGAUGUGGCUUUGGCUGCCUACCAACUCCACACCACAAGAUUCCAGCAGAAGAGAAGAUCCUCACUUUCCCGAAGAGAUUGGUAUGGUCGUCUGUUGCCCGCCUCCGUGGAAAGGAAAGAACUACAAGUGGCCCGAAUCCUGCAGGCUUAUGCCCAAAGCUAUUUAAAUAUUACGGAACUCAACGAACACUACAGGGGACUAGAGUUCAAGGAGAACUCUUUCCAUGGAAACCUAUUGAUUCUCCGAAAGGCUCAACUGGUUCAUAGCUUUUCAUCCGUUUAUGUGGACGAAGAGGAUGUGAAUCAGCCAGCCUAUUUCCUGAGGCACUUUCUGCACUUUGUUAUACUUUCCCUUCACCGUCCAACAUAUCACUACUAUGCCACCCAGGGACUGGAGCUCUGGAGGCAGUCCAAGCUCCUCUUGGACACGGAUGGCAAGUACACUGCCCUGGAUUGUUUGGAGAGACAAACACUCCAGAAUUAUGACGCCGGAGCAGCUCCCAUUUACCGCCAACUGAGCUCGGAGGAAAUAGAGGAAAUCUUCCACUUUUAUAGAUCCUUUCAAGCCUCGCUCUGGGACUACAAAUUUUGGCUGCAAGGCGAGCGAUUUGCCUUCGCAGAGACCUUUGUCCUGGAUUACUUUGGACUUGAUCCCCACAGGAUACUGUUCUAUGCGGUGGCUCAGCAAAUGUGCAAUCGCCAAACUGAUAUUUUUAGGGCACAACUGAACAGAGGAUAUAUGAACAUGCCUCAGUUCCAGGAGGCCUUCAAGUGCGGAGUGGAUAGGCCCAUGAAUCCGCCCGCCAAGUGUAUGAUCAAUAUGUGUGAAAAUAAUUAGAAUUUGACUAAUAAGAUUUAAGGAAAUAAAAGACAUAAUACUUAAAAAUAAAAAUCUGUUUUUAUUUCAAAAAUUGUGUCUUCAUCAUGCUAUUUUUAGUGAAAUGUAAAUAUAAACUUAAAUCCAUCUAAAUAGCGUUUUCACUUUAUAAGCUUAC